GCGGUGCCCCGCGGCCACGCGGGCGGUGACCCCGACCCAGCGGAGGUGGUCAUGCCCCCAGGUUUGCCCAAGGCGCCCCCCGCCCUGACCAGGCUCUUCGGUGCUACCGCGAGCAUUGACGAAGGACGGCGAGGCUUCGCGAACGUCACCUACUUCGGCAUGGGGUCGGACGGCGAGGAUCGGAACUUCGUCGACCCCCAACAGCCUGGGCAGCACCCCUACGAGGAGAAGGAGCAUUGGACCCAGGCGCAGCGCAGGUGGGUCAACCCUGAGGAGGCGGGCCGCUGCCACCAAGAGGGAUGCAGACGGCUUCUGCCAGACCUGGGCUUUCAGGUCUUCUACUGCUGCCGGAUGCGCCGGUGCGCCUGCCGCUUCGCGGUCGGCGCGCCUGUCGGCCACCCCGCCGGG